AUGGCGCGGGGGUAUUUUGACCUCCCGAUCUCCUGCUCCAACGCAUCUGAUGUGGAAGGAUCGUCAAAGAUAUCACAGCCGCGUUCCUUCGCAUUAUCACUGCCCAGUGAUAGCUCUCAGGAACAGUCGAUGUCUCAGGAGCGGAUAUCGAGUGACGAAGCUGCACAGGCCAAGCGUCGGAAUGCAAGCAUUCUAAGAAGCACGAAUCAUAUCCAGUUCACUGCCUACGACAAGUCCAAAGAAACCACUGGUGGGUCUACAGUUGAAUCCCGGCUGGAUCGAAGGGGCUCUCAGCUACAAAGACCAUUAUCCACUGCCAACAUUCCAAUUAUACAGGAAAAUAUCUCCCAAAGCUCCCAAGUGGCGCCCCUACUUGAUGACCACACUAGCGCGUCAGUGGAUGUCACCAAGCUGACGAUCAGCACCAGAGCCAGCUUAUCAGGUACAGUAGGGCAGCAUGGGGUUGAGGAUGUGAAAGGCACGAAUGAAAAGGGGCGGAUCAUCUGCUUUGCAUAUGAAAGGGCCCGCCGAUUUGCAUCCCUUCUCAAUUGUGCCCAAAAAUCUCCGAAGCCAAGUCCUCUAGUGUCAUCACCUGCCGCUGCAUCCGCUCAAGUGGUGUACUCAACUGGAGAUGGAGAUAAACUUUCUCUGAUUAGCAUUUCCAAGACACAACAGCCUCUCGAAGACUCAACAGAUAGACAUGAAGCGGACUUCCUAAACGGGCGACCAACACCGCUCUCCCCCGAAGGCCAUUAUCCAGUGCAACAAAUGUCACCUCGAGACUUGAAUUUUUUGACUCGCCUUCGUCCUAUUUCUUCUGAUCUACCCUCUGGCCAAGUCACACCUAGCGAGGAUAGGGACUCCUACGAAUCUGCCGACAGGCCUUCGCAUUACCGCGGAGGCAUCCUUUCCUCAUUGCUCAAGCUUUACGAUCAAUCUCACAAUAAAAACCACCAUGCUCCCUACCCCGUUCAUCCUCAAGAGCGAGGAAGAUAUGGACGCUCUCGGCAAGGAAGCAAUUCUGGAUGGAGUGGACGUGGCAUAUCCCCAGACUCCUUCUGGAAGCCGCAGAGGAAAUGGUACGAAAAGUCGUCUACUCGGUCUAGCAUUUCCCUAGCUGGAUCAUCGCACAGCUCCAAUUCCCCCUUUGCAACUCUCACACGGUCCCGCAGCAGUGGUUCCGCCAUUCCAAGCUCAUGUGGUCGCUCACGCCCUCAACCUCAAUAUGAAGAUGAAAUUCACAUCACUGUCCAUAUUGCUGAAAUUUUGGCUCGGCAGCGGUAUUUGAUCAGGCUCUGUAGGGCUUUGAUGAAGUAUGGAGCUCCCACACAUCGACUGGAAGAAUAUAUGCGCAUGACCGCGCGUGUUAUUCAGAUCGACGGCCAAUUCUUGUAUAUACCUGGUUGUAUGAUUAUCUCCUUUGAUGAUGCUUCCACACACACAACAGAGGUCAAGGUUGUGCGCUCUACCCAAGGUAUUGACUUGGGCAAACUGGCCGAUGUGCAUGAGAUUUACAAGGAGGUGAUACAUGAUGUUAUCGCCGUCGAAGAGGCAAUACAGCGACUCGAUGAGGUCAUGAAGAAGCCCAGCAAAUUUCACAUCCUGUUUCUCAUAUUCGCCCACGGAUGUGCCAGUGCAUCAGUCGGGCCGUUCGCCUUCAACGCCCGACCAAUUGAUAUCCCCAUUGCGUUCCUAUUGGGAUGUCUCCUCGGAGUGCUACAGUUGAUACUGUCACCCAAAUCAAGCCUAUAUUCCAAUGUCUUUGAGAUUUCCGCCGCCGUCUUGACCUCUUUCCUCGCCCGAGCCUUUGGAAGUAUCAGAUUCCAAGGAGAGCCUUUAUUUUGUUUCUCGGCACUCGCACAGUCAGCCAUUGCUCUCAUUUUGCCGGGAUAUACGGUACUUUGUGCCAGUCUAGAGCUACAGUCACGCAGUAUCAUUGCAGGAUCCGUUCGUAUGGUCUAUGCUAUUAUCUACUCGUUGUUUCUCGGGUUUGGCAUUACCAUAGGUACUGCUGUGUACGGACUUCUUGACGCUCAGGCCACAACGGCCUAUACAUGUCCUGCCAGCCCCAUCCAAAACGAGUAUCUUCAGAAAUUCCCAUUCGUCAUCUUGUUCACUGUGUGUCUAGCCAUUGUUAACCGCGCCAAAUGGAAGCAAAUGCCGAUCAUGAUGUUCAUAUCCUUGGCGGGGUAUGCAGUCAAUUACUUCAGCGCCAAGCGCUUUUAUUCCAACACCCAGGUAUCUAAUGCCCUGGGCGCAUUUGUCAUUGGUAUUGUGGGGAAUUUCUACAGCAGACUACGACAUGGACUUGCCGCUGCGGCUAUGCUUCCCGCAAUUUUUGUUCUUGUUCCUUCUGGUCUUGCAGCGAGUGGCUCUCUCAUCUCGGGAAUUACUUCUGCAGAGGAGAUGACUCGGUCCCCAUAUGCGGUUGUCAACAACGGGACGCAAGGAUUCGUUGAUGCUGCAAAGAAUUUGUCGGCCGACGAGGCAAAUCAACAGAAUUAUGGUGUCGUUUUCGACAUUGGGUACGGUAUGGUCCAGGUCGCUAUUGGCACGACCGUGGGUCUCUUUUUGGCAGCAUUGGUGGUUUAUCCGCUUGGCAAGAAGAGGAGUGGCCUGUUCAGCUUCUAG